AUGUAUUUUAUCGAUUUAUCACAUGAUCGCUGGCCUACGAUUAUGAUCAUCAUAACCUUGAUGUUUUUUAUAACAUCUUGUGGUGGUGCGCAAUACGACACAUACUUGACUCAUUUUGAGGAUCCAUCAAACGAUUUAUUUUAUUUUGAUAGUUACACAAAAGUAGAUGGAACAAUUUUGCUCCAAUUUGUUCGUUUCAGUAACCCGGAACAAAAUUGCAUCGAACCCGACAUACAUUUGAGAAUCGUAUUUUCCGAUGGAACCAUCAAACCGUUAAAGCUCGCUCAUCAAAUUCCUUUAUACAACUUUUGUAUGAUACAAAAUGCUUUUUUUAAUUUUUUAAUAAAUGAAUAUGCGAUCCUUGUAACAUAUUUAAAUGGAGAGGAUGUAACAACAACAAUGCAUACAGGAAUGAUCGUUGACUUUGAUGGUAAUAUUAUACAGAUUGUAGAGUUCGGUAUUGGUGUUGGUAAAAUCAAUCCUAGCAAGGAUGAUGAAUAUGGAUUUACAUGGUCUCGUCAAGUUAAUGAAACUACAAUUGUAUGGUCAAGAUUCGCACCAAUGCCGACAAACCCUAAAUAUUUUUUUAAAUCAGGUUCAGGUUUUAUAACAUCACCUAAUGCAUCAAUAAUUAAAUCAUUUAAGGUGUUUAACUCGGGUGAUGGUGGCGUUUAUUUUGUCCUUGUGAACAAGCUCAAUCAAAUAACCACAAUAGAUCCGGCCUGGAAUGUUCACGCGAUUCUUAUAGAUAAAAGUUCCCUUGUAAUUAGCUCUCCAUAUUUGCUUUAUCAAUCUCAAAUGGAUUUUUUUGAUUUAAAUUUUAUUGGUUGCCAUAAUUCAAAUGGUGAAGGAUAUAAUUGUUUAAUGCGUGUUAAAACGAUCGAUCCAGAAAAAAUGGGGAAUGGGGACAGCGUGUAUUUUCUAUUAACAUUCUUAACUAGUGGUUCUGUAAUUAACAUUAAAAAGUUAGAUAUUGGAAAGAAUCCUAAAAGAAAUAUUGUAGAUGUUAUGAUUUUACUUAAUCAUGGGUUUCUAUUUAGAUGUUUUUCGAUAAAAGAUAAUAAAUUGAUGGGUUUCUUAUUAACGCAAAAUGGUGAAUAUGAUGGCGAAUGGAAGGGACUUAACAAUGAUGUAAUUUCUAUGUCAUACCUUUUACAUAAUGAUACGAUGUGGGGAAUGCGGUUCCAACAUAGCGGUGCCUCAUGGGCGAUAAUAACCGAUAAGGUGCACAAUAAAAAUAUCGUGGAUAACUAUAAACACGAAAAUCCAAAUAUUCUUGGAACAACACCUAAUGAUGACAUUAUUAGAUUAAAAGAAUUUACUACAAUUACCAUAGAUUACGAUAAACCUUUGAUUCUUUCAUCAGGAAACAUCUCAAUUUAUCAAGUGGUUGAUAAUAUGGGUGAACUACUGCGUCAAACCUAUUCCGGUUUAUCUGGCCAUGCUUCAAUUACAAAUAAUACAAGCGUAAACAUAGAAGUGUUGAGUAGUACUUUUAAUGAUCCAUCGGCGAGUUAUUUUGUAAGUAUUAGCGACGAUUUUGUUAAUUCAAAACAAUUCAAUGAAGCAAUACCUGGAAUUAGAAAGAGAGUUUGGUUUUUGAAUACAUCUAUCGAAGAACCUGAUUUAUGUCUAUCGCCAGUUACGUUAUUAUUGAGACUUAAUGCCAAUGGGACAAUAUAUUUUAAAACGCUUAAUUCAGUAGAAAUUAACAAAUUUUAUAAUGAUUUAAUGGAUGAGUUAUCUAAUAUCAUUCCCGUUGAAAGAUCUAGAUUGCCAGAAUUUGGAAAAUUUCAAAAUGACCCAUUUGAUUCUAAUAAUUUAAUACUUAUGCAAGUGAAAAUUUCACAACCAACUGAAACAUUAAAACCUUGUGCUGAAGAAAUAGCAAAUGAUAUGGACGCUUUGAUCAAAAAUAAGCAUUUUACCCUUAUAUCACAUUAUCCCCUAUCUAGCAUGUUGGAUGAAAUAUAUGGUGCCAAUAAGACAGCUGAGGGAUGGAGUGAUGAAUUCAAAUUGAAUCUGCUAUUAGCCUUAGGCGGAGUUAUGUUUGUUGUCGUUAUAUAUUUUAUAGCAAGAUACAAAAAUUCACAGGGACGAAAUGUUUUUGUCUUCACAUUUGCAUUAAUCGCUACAGAUUUUAUUUUGGAUAUAGCGUUUAUCGUAUAUAAUUCGCAGAUGGUAUCUUCAUUGUUUAUGCCAAGUAUUUUAUUUUUAGUUAUACCAACAGUAUUCAACUUGAUAUUCACUUUAUACAUUCUUUUAAAAGAACAUUUUACAAAUGAACAAUUUCGCGUUUGGUUGGUUUCUAAUACAAAAGUAGUACCAAUAUUGACAAUUUUGGCUUCGGCUGAUAUAGCAAUGUUGAACAUCAUCAAUUCGAAUUUAGCAGGGUUAUCUUGUUUUCAAGUGCCCAUUUCAAAAGAUGCCGAAAUUCAAAUCUUUUGGGGAAGAUUUGCUAAUAUAUUUAUUGAGGACAUACCGCAGUUUGUAAUUAGAGUCAUCUAUUUAAAACGUAAUAGUAUUGUAUAUGAUCCAAUUCCGAUAUUUUCUUUAAUAUCUGUUGGUUUGUCAAUAUUAUUUAGUCUUAUUGGAAGAGGUUUUGAUACAUUGAUUUAUAAGAUUCUAUACACAUCAACUAGUCAAGAGCCCACAGUUGACGAUAAAGGUCACAUUAACGAUUCAAAUAAUGGAAAUACUAGUUGA